GCACGGGCCGCUGUCCAAUCAGCGUCCUCGAUGUUGAUACGCGGGUGUAGCUCGCGCGUGUGGCUAGCAGCAGAAGCGUGAGGUUAGCAUUAGCAGGUAACAACAGUUCCGCUCAGUCUGAGAGGAAGUCGCGGUCAUGGACGCAAGUAAAGUCAAGGGGGAUCACGGGGUCCAAAAUCCAGGUGGACUGGGGGAUAAACCAGUCAGCUUUCAGGAUAUGGAAAGUAUGCUUCCCAAAGCCGUCAAGAGGCGAGUGCACGCUUUGAAAAGGCUACAGGUGCAGUGUGCCAAUAUUGAGGCCAAGUUUUAUGAAGAGGUCCAUGAACUAGAGAGGAAAUAUUCUGCUCUUUAUCAACCACUAUUUGACAAGAGAAGAGACAUAGUCACAGGAACAGUGGAGCCCACAGAUGAGGAGUGUGAGUGGCAGAGUGACAGAGAUGAAGAGGAUGAGCUCGCUGAAGAUGUUAAGGAAAAAGCGACUAUUGAAGAUGCAAAGAAAGAAGAAACUCCACAGGAAGACCUAAAAGGCAUUCCUGAAUUCUGGCUUACCAUUUUUAAAAGUGUGGACAUGCUCAGUGACAUGUUACAGGAACAUGAUGAACCUAUCCUUAAACAUCUGAAAGAUAUUCAAGUCAAGUUUUCAGAGCCAGGGCAGCCAAUGAGUUUUACGUUAGAGUUCCACUUUGAACCAAAUGGUUACUUCAACAAUGCAGUUCUAACUAAAGUCUAUAAGAUGAAAUCAGAGCCUGAUGAGUCCGACCCAUUCUCUUUUGAGGGCCCAGAGAUUAUUGAUUGCGAAGGCUGUCAAAUAGACUGGCACAAAGGAAAAGAUGUGACCGUGAAAACUAUCAAGAAAAAGCAGAAGCAUAAAGGUCGUGGCACAGUCCGCACGGUCACCAAACAAGUUCCUAAUGACUCUUUCUUCAACUUUUUUAACCCAGUCAAAGCCUCGCCAGACGCAGAGGAGGAUGACUCGGAGUUUGCGCUCGCCUCUUUAGCCACAGACUUUGAGAUCGGUCAUUUCUUCCGUGAGAGGAUUGUUCCCAGAGCCGUGCUGUACUUCACAGGAGAGGCAGACGAGAGCUUUGAAGAGGAGGAGAUGGAAGAGGGAGAUGAAGAGGAGCAGGACGAAGAGGGUGAUGAAGAUGACGACGAUGGCGACUUUGACCCCAAGGCCUAAUCAAAUCAUUUUCACCCCAUGCAUUUCUAGAAAGAACAGCCCCAGCCUGCCGAAUGCAAGCAGCAGUAACCGUCAGCGGACUUGGCGAACGUAACCGAACAAACCCACGUCAGACCUUCUCAACAGAGUCCGUUUUUGAGCAGGCCCCCUUUUACACACACAUGAAAUGAAUGCAAUACUGUGAGUGCAUGACUUGACAUCAGUCCUGCGCCCGUGUUCCUCUAUUUACUCUAAUUUAUUUGGCUUUCGUCCCAUUAAAGCCGCACUGUGUAACUUUUCUGGUGGGAGCUCCGUCACUCGUUUCUCUCCGCGCAGAUGUUGCCCGGAAUGUUUCGCAGUACGGCAUUACGCUUGUUUAUCUCUAUGGAGACAGCAGGUGGUGCCAUAGGGCCGAGUGACGUGCGAAAUCUGUGGAGAGGCGAGCCCACGCGCAGCAAGAAUGCACGUUUUUAAGUCAAUAAAAGCCCAAAUUAUUGAAUAAAUGCAAGACUGAUGCGUUUAAUGCCACGCCAGGAUGUUCCAGAGCAAGCAGCAGCGUUUCCAUGGAGACCAGCAGGUGGCGGAAAAGUUAAACAGUGCAUCUUUAAGUGGAAAUAACUUAAAGGUGUGUGCAACUUUUCUAGUCCAUCCAAUGCUUUUCUUCAUGUAGAUGUUAUUGCUCAUGUUUCACAGUAUGGCAUUAAACGUUUCUAUCUUCAUUUAGACCAAGCAGACCAAGUUACAGGUCAGAUCCGUGGAGAGGCGACCCCGCUCACAGUCAGAAUGCCUGUUUUUCAAGGUGUUUUUGAGCUUUAAAACCACUUGUAAUUGAAGAAACGUAAGGCAGAGCUUUUUAAUGUCAUACUGCGGGACAUUCCAGGCAGAGAGAUGACAUAUCGAUGACAGAUCCUCCACGAGAAAAGUUACACAGUGCACCUUUAAGCCGACGAGUAUUUCCUUGUUGGGAAGGUGGAGUGGGAGAGACAUGGACGUCACAUACAUGGAUAAGGAUGCCAUCUUUUAGUUUCAAAGUUAAUUAGUUACUCAGGGUUUUUAUUGCCAACGAAAGCGUAAGUUUACCAGGAAACUGCUGAAUAACUAAAAUGUUACACAGGGUUGUAUGUUUUUUGGUGUAUCAUUUUCAGAUGUUUUAAAAAAAAAAAGCAUACAACUUAUCAUUUCAUUUUUAAUGUUCAUUGUUCUGUCAUUGAACAAGAUGUUGUGUGAAAUGGUGCGUUAUUUAAACUUCACUUAGAGACUGAUUGUUGGCUCAGAUUUACUUGGGCUGAACGUGAACAAAAAGUCAAAUCAAAGUCGUUUUCUUAAAGGUGCACUGCGUAACAUUUCCAGUGGAGGGUCAUUUCGUCGCCUGCUUGUCUCCGUGGAAAUGUUAUUGCUUUGUCUGCAAUAGAAACAGUCGUAAUGAGUAAAUGCUGGAUGGAUAUGUUUAAAGUCAUAUCAUGGAGCAUUCCCGGCAAAGCAAUAACAUCCCCAUGGAGACGAAUAGGUAGCAGACACUCCACCAGAAAAGUUACACAAUGCACCUUUUAAUACAUUUCAAAACGUGUAAUUUUCCGGUUCAGUUCUCAUGAGGGGGGCUUGUCUUAACGAGCAUUAAAAAACUUCUUGGACACUUUACACUUAAAGUUGGUACACAAAGUUAAAGCUGCAUUGCACAACUUUUCAAGUGGAGGGUCUGUCACCUAUUUGUCUCCAUGGAGAUGUUAUUGCUUUGCCUGGAAUGUUCCACAGUAUGGCGUUAAACACAUCUAUCUAGCAUUUAUUCAUUACAAAUCAGUGUAUCAUUCGUUUAUUCAUUUUUCAAAAUAGAACCAAAAAUAAGAAAAUGAAAAAACUAAUAAAACAACAGUUUUCUUCGUUAUUUUUCUCCAAAAACAAAUAACUCUUUGUUUUUUUCAGUUUUUGAUUUUGUGUUUAAAUUAAUAAUGAAUUUCCUGUUUCCGUGACUUAAACAACGAUGCCGGAUUACAGUUUAAACCAGGACUAAAACGGGUCUGAACCAGGUUUGAGCCAAGACUGAACCAGGAUUGAACCAGGACUAAACUGGUCUCAGUCCUGCUUUGGUCCUAGUCUGGUCCUGGUCCUGGUUUGGUCCUGGUUCGGUCCUGGUUCGGUCCGUAUACAGAGCAAAAGUCCGGCAUCACAGUUUAAAACACGUAAACGGAAAACGUCUGUUAUUCAUUUUUUUCCCAUUAUUCAUUUAAGCACAAAAUCAAAAACUGAAAAAACAAAUCGUUAUCUGUUUUUUUAAUUUUGGUUUUGGAGAAAAUUGUUGUUUUUUCCUUUCCUUAUUUUUGGUUUCAUUUUGAAAAACGAAUGAUACACGGAUUAUCACAGGUGUUUCUGUUGCUCAGAAAUCUCCACAGAUCUGACCUGAAAUGUGACCUGUAGUUAUUUCCCUUGGGUUUAAUCUCUACCACGGAGCAUUCUAGACAAAGCAAUAACAUCUCCAUGGAGACGAGCCAGAAAAAUUGCUCAAUGCACCUUUACGUGAGGCUACGCUUUGUGUCUGGCCAUACAAAACAUGUCCGACCACGAAAUACUUCUUUUCUUGCCAAACACUGUUUCCUGAACAUGCACUUACUCAGACAAAGUGACCACUAACCCAUAAAAGGCUGGUGUUUGUGUGAAGACGAGGAAAGAAAUGUAAAGUUUUUCAUAAACUGCCCAUGUCUCAAGUAUUUUUUAUUUUUACUAUUGCCUGUUUUCUCUGUUAAGUGUGAGGCUUUGGUAGAACAAAGAUAAUAAACAAGACAAGAUAAUAUGUUUAAUUAACUAAUGUUGAUGUCAGUAAGCCAAAAUAUACUUUUAACUGUUUGCCAAUUCAUCUGCAAAAGGUUUUUAAUAAUGCGUUUUGGAAGUUAAAGGUGCAUUGUGGAACUUUGCCUGGUGGAUUUUCUGUCACCUGCUUUUUAUUUAUGAAGAUGUUAUUGCUUAGUUUAAUGUAGUGGUCUCCAACCUGUAGCUCGCCAAAGGAUUUCGAAAUUAUACCAUUGUGCUGAGAAUAAUUUUAUUUUUUAUUUUUGUGUGCACAUAAAGCAGAUGUCUCAGAGAAAAACAAUUAGUAAUGUAAUGUGACCAUUUUUUUAUUCCCCAACCCCACUCCAUUGUCUCCAAAAAAUAAAUAAAUAAAUCAAAUAAAAUAUAAAAAAAAUAAUAAUAAUAAUAAUAAUAAGAAGAAGAAACUAAUAAGUAAAUUCAAUAAAUAACAUAAAAAUACAGGGAAAAGAGGGAUUUAUUUUAUGUUUUUAAUAACAAAAAUUUGGUUAAUUACAUGCCUAUUACUACUGUAAACGAAUAAUUCUGAACUCCAACUUUUUGCACUAAUAAAUGCACAGCGAUUUAUGUUUCAUUUUUCAUCUAACUGUACCCAAAGUUUUGCCCUCUUUCUUAUAAUUGUCUCAAUUUUUGCGGCCGCUAAAAUGAGUAUCUCUCCGGCAUUUUUGUUUUGUAAAAGUAGCUCAGCAGAGGAAAAAGGUUGGAGACUUUUGGCAUAAUGUUUAACAGUAUGACAUUAAACUUUUCUGUCAUAAUUGAGACGAAACUAGGCCAAAUUACUGGUCAGAUCUGUGUUUUUCUAGUUUUUUUUUUUAAGCUAUAAAACCACCUGUAAUGAAAUAAAUGUCAAGCCGAAGUGUUUAAUGUCAUACUGUGGAACAAUCGAAGCAGAGAAACGACAUAUCCGUAGAAAAAAUAAGGUGGCUGACUCCCAAAAGAAAAGUUACACAGUGCACUUUUAUAAUCCCUGUUCCCUACUUUGUCCUUGUCUAAUUCUGUGGAAUGUUAACGGGACUACGAGAGGUUGCCAAUGUAUUUUGUACCAGUGUUUUGUUCAGAAACUUUUGCCUGGUUCUUAAUUGCAGAGACGACAUCUUAAAGCCCGCAGAUUUUUAACGAGAUUGUACUGACUGUAUAUCUUUGCUGAUCCCUCCUAGCCGCGGCGAAACGGAGCCGCGCGCUGGCUAUGGCCUUAUCUGGUUCUAUUCUUAUUCUCGAUUUGUUACUUGCGCAAUAUUUCUUUCCAAUUUGUACAGAGUUAAAGUAUUCUAUUAAAGUAAGUUGUGCAACAUG